AAGAAUUAUAAUUUCCAAGAUUGGUUCCAAGGUUUAGUUCCAAAAUAUCAAUAGGAAAUCAAUAGAGUACAGAUAUAAAUUUAUUUAAAUAUUUUUAAUCACCAAGAAAUUUUUGUUCAAUUUGUUUUGACUUAACCAGAACCAGGUGACGUAUCACAAUUUUAACAGUCAAUGCUAAUGUUUCAAAAUAAGUUUGUCACGUUUAAAGUUCCGCUAAGAUUUGGAAACAAUGGAGCAGUGUGUCACGGUAAACCAAUUUGUGAAAAUCGUACUGAGAAUUUAUUUCCGGAUUUGGUUGAAAGUUACUUUUUUGAAAGAUUUUAACUGUAUAAAUGUAUAGUAUUAAGUAUUAUGUAAAAAAAAUAACGACAUAACUUGAAAAAUUAAUUUUUUUGUUCGUGUCCGAUAGUCUAUGAGCUAAUCAAAAAACAAAUUCAUUACAUUUGCUUUGCAAAUAAAAAGGUAAGAUGUAUAAUCACUAACUUACUAUGCUAUAUGUAUAUACAUAUAAGCGCUCCAGAGAAAAAUGACUAACAAUUCGCUUUUGGGAAAAACUACAUAUACAUAGAUUAGUAGUACAAAGUUUUUAGGAAAAAAUAGCUGACUGGUCAACACUGCCACAAUGGUUGCGCCAGCGCCUGAAGAAAAUCAAUAAAUCAAUACUAAAAGUAAUUGUAAUUCCUAGCGUGUGUAUUCCUUUAAAACAGACAUUACGCUGCAACGCACAAGUAUUUAUAGAUUUGGAGAAUACUGAAUAAAUAUUUGUGUAAACAAAAGGACCUGUAAACAGUUUCUAGAUACAUUUGAUGUAUUUUUUUUAAAUAGAAACGUGUUGGCUUGCAACAAAGUCUGCAAUAUGGGGAACGUUUUGAAAAUUCGUCUUCAAUUGUUUUCUGCUUUCAAGUGAAGCCACCGAGAUCCUGCGCUUGUUUUGGUUAAUUCGUAAUACUUCUUAAGCAUGUAUAAAACUUAUACAUGUAUAUGUAAAUAAACCCAAUUAUAUAUUAUAUAUGUAUAUGUAUAUAUAUGCAUAUAUAUAAAUAUUGUAUAUUAUUGUAUAUAUAUAUAUAUAUAUAUAUAUAUACGUAAAUAUUGUGUGAUAUGCAAGUGUCUGUUUUCGACUACAGAUGUACGCAAUAUAAGGUAAUCAGCUAAAAUUUAACCUUUGGCAGCUGGGCUCAUUACUGAGCGGAAUAAUUGAGCUCCCAAACCGAAAACAACUGCAUUGCUUUGUGUCUAGCUAUGUAUGUAUGUAACCUGCUUUUGUGAAUAUAUAUGAUCGUCUUCGCUGAUAGGGUUCGUCGUUAUAACUUUUAGAACCCUGUGAGAAGUCUGGCUUAAACUGUUGAAGAGUAAUAACCAUGCGAAUUUCGGCAAUCUAAAAUACAUACUACUUCAAAAUCAACUUGCUUAGAAAUGCCUUUGUUUGGCAAAAAGGAUUCGGGCAAGAAAGCCAAGGCGAAGGACUUAAAGGAGCUCAAUAAGCAAGUGUCAAUUGAAGAGAAAUACAAUCUUCACGGACUUCUGGGGACUGGAGCCUUUUCAGAAGUACGCCUAGCCGAAAGCAAAGAUUCGCCAGGCGAACAUUUUGCAGUGAAAAUUAUCGAUAAGAAAGCUCUAAAGGGAAAGGAAGAAUCUCUGGAGAAUGAAAUUCGCGUUUUGAGAAGGUUCAGUGCAAAUCAUUUCGAUGGCAAAUGUCUAAAUGGAACGCGGUUAACUCAUCCAAAUAUAGUGCAACUCUUAGAAACGUAUGAGGAUAAGUCAAAGGUGUAUCUCGUUAUGGAGUUGGUUACUGGUGGAGAACUCUUUGAUCGCAUUGUCGAAAAGGGGUCCUACACAGAAAAGGACGCUUCUCAUCUUAUAAGACAGAUACUAGAAGCGGUUGAUUAUAUGCAUGAACAAGGUGUCGUCCAUCGUGAUCUUAAGCCGGAAAACUUACUUUACUAUAGUCCUGAUGAUGAUAGCAAAAUUAUGAUUAGCGAUUUUGGUUUAUCUAAAAUGGAGGAUUCUGGAAUUAUGGCUACAGCCUGUGGGACUCCAGGAUAUGUGGCUCCUGAGGUGCUGGCGCAAAAACCGUAUGGAAAAGCUGUCGAUGUGUGGAGUAUUGGAGUGAUAUCAUACAUUCUUCUAUGCGGCUACCCUCCGUUUUAUGACGAAAAUGAUGCUAAUCUUUUCGCACAGAUUUUAAAAGGCGAUUUCGAAUUUGAUUCACCCUAUUGGGAUGAAAUUAGUGAGUCCGCAAAGCAUUUCAUCAAAAACCUUAUGUGCGUGACGGUAGAGAAGAGGUAUACUUGCAAGCAAGCACUUGGCCAUGCUUGGAUUUCUGGAAAUGAGGCCAGCAGCAGAAACAUUCACGGAACCGUGUCAGAGCAGUUAAAGAAAAACUUUGCAAAAUCUCGUUGGAAGCAAGCCUACUACGCCGCUACAGUGAUCCGACAAAUGCAGCGAAUGGCACUUAACAGCAAUAGCAAUGCUAAUUUUGAUUCUAGCAAUAGCAGUAACCAAGACUCUACCACUCCAACAGCAGCGACUGGAGCGUGGACUUCUAACGUUCUCUCUUCGCAGCAAUCUGUACAAAGUCAUGCACAAGAAAUGAACAAGUCGGGUGGCAGCACAAAUGCAGCAUCGCAGUAGCAAAGUUUAUAUUCAAAAUAAUGUUACAUUUAUAAUGUUUUGAAUUACAUUUUUGAAUUUUAACAAUUGUUCUAGUCUAGUAAAUAUCUCGUACUAACGAAUCCGAUAUAAUUUCUCAAUCGAAAAUGCCAAUCAAAUAACAUAUAAUGUGCAGCGCACCUGCACCGUUUCAUCUCUUAAUAAUAUUCAUGGCGUAAGGUUACUGCUUAACUAAUAGUAUACGCUAUUGGAUUUCAAAUUGACAAUUUACAUUUUGUUAUGCAAUUUCUAGGUUUGAGUUUUUCUGAACUCUAUAAAUAAUUUGACUUUUUCUCUUACAAAUCAACGCAACCAAACAUUUGCAGCAAACUUGCUUACGAAUAAUAGAUGCGGUACAUUGCAUUGCAAUACAAUAAAUUUAAUAAUUUUAUGUAUGUACAUAUGUUUUAUGUACAAUUUAGUAUUUCUUAUUUUUUGAUUUAUGAACCAGUAAUAUAAGAACAAUGAGAAGCUGCCCAACUCAGCGUUCCAUCAUUUCAAAACAUCAUUUCAUUUUCUACAUUUUACGUGCGACAGUUUUUCGAUUCCAAGAAAAACCUUCUUAAGCAGAUGAUUUGGUGUUGACUGGAAAUUUUUAGUAUUAAGAUGUCAUGAAAACCAACUCACAGUUAUAAUUAAAAUAAUAGUAGGCUAAUACUUUCUUGUAACAAAUAUAUAUAUUAAACAUCCCAAGCGUGAUCUCCCCAAAGAUUAUGUUUUUUCGUCAAUC